AUGGUAUCUAAUUUUCUUGUUGAACAUCCGAGUGGACCCUUUUUUGAACUUAGUGAAGAUGAAUGGAAACAAGCGGUUGCAAAAUAUAAAAAAUUAACCGUCGAUAGUGAUGUUGACUAUCUCAGUCGAACAGCAACAGCUAGUAUCAAUAUCGGAACAGACGCUUAUUUUGAUAAUGAUACAAUUUUAAAUUUACGUGGAAAAUUACCGUAUAAAGUUAAACUAGCGGAAAUUCAUGAAAAACUUGCAAAACAUCCAGCUUUUCGGAAGGUUACAAAACUAGAGAUGUUGGCGAGGAAAUACAAUAUGAAGAUUAUAUACUGUCCUAAAUAUCAUUGUGAACUAAAUGUAAUUUAAGGUCUUUGGUGCAAUCAAAAGGCAUUUGUUCGUUCACAUACAGAUCAAAGUUUUGGCAAAAUGAUAAGAUUAAUAGCGGAUUCUCGUACACAUUUUGUCGAACGAAAUAUAGCAUUAAAGUUAUUCCGACGCUUCUGACGUUCAAUCGAAGCAUAUUCUCAAGGUCAAACAUAUGUUGACGUGUUACAACUGUUUUUCAGUCAACUUUGCAAAACAUCAGUUCAAUCGCAUCGUCGAAUAUCAAACAGAAACAUAAACCAAUCUUAAUAAACAUUCUUUUUUGCUAUUUUAAUACUUUUAUUUAGGGUACCUCCCCUCAUAUUACAUAGCCAAGCAUAAUGAGUGAUUAAUUUAUCUAUUAAAGGGCAUAAAAUAUCGAUUAAUAUCACAAUACUAUGAUUUUUUAAGAAGGAUUUCCAGAGACACAUUGGAGAUCCUCCGAAGAUCCAGAAAGUGUGCCUAUUGAAUUCAUCAUCAAUUUUUACCUAUGUGAACAAAUUU